AUGUUGGUUCAGCUUCCGCGCCUGACCAGCUCUCUGAGAGAGCCCUUUGACAUCGACCAGGCCUAUUUGCAGCGCAAGCUCAUCCUUCAGAGCCAGAAGCCUCGCCAGUCUUCGAGCUCAGUUGAUGAGUCAGAGCUUGCACGGAAGAUAGUUUAUAGAUGGGAAGAAGCUUCGAUUGAAGUGCGGCAAGCUUACAAGCAGUUUAUUGGGGCUGUGGUGGAGUUGAUAGAUGGAGAAGUUCCAUCCGAAGAGUUUCGUGAGGUGGCACUCACCGUGUACCAUCUUUUUGGCAGGCCAGAGGAGGAAGACAAUGUUGAAACAAAUAUUGCCGGAAAAAAGCUGGAAGUGCACAAACUACUUGGUCACGCCGUUUCAGAUGCUAACAUGCGGAAAGUUGCCUCCCUAGCCCAGAGACUUGCAGGGAUGCAGUCCAGUGAUAAGGGGACUACACUUGUUUCAGAAAGGCCUGUAAAUGGGACUCAUGACAAUGUGGAAUUUGGUGCUGACCUUGUUUUCCAUGCACCAGCUCGAUUUCUGGUGGAUGUUUCUUUGGAGGAUGGCGAGUUAUUGGGUGAGGAAAGCACUGGAAUUUCUUCUUCAUAUUACGAAGGAUUAUAUAGUCGCGGUAACUUGAAUGAUCAUCAUCCUUCUACUGAUGGACGAAGCUUCAAUUUGAGUUGGUUAAAAGAUGCAUGUGAUCAGAUAGUGACAAAAAGUAGGUCGCAGCUUUCUCGAGAUGAACUGGCUAUGGCCAUUUGUCGGGUGCUUGACUCUGAUAAACCUGGUGACGAGAUAGCAGGUGUCUUGUUAGAUCUUGUUGGGGAUGGUGCAUUUGAAACUGUUCAAGACCUCGUAUCACAUCGAAAGGAACUUGUUGAUGCCAUCCAUCAUGGGUUACUGGGACUGAAAUCUGACAAAUUGUCUUCAAGCUCUCAAUCACGUAUGCCUAGUUAUGGCACACAGGUUACUGUUCAAACAGAAACUGAACGACAGAUUGAUAAACUUCGGCGCAAAGAGGAAAAGCGACAAAGACGAGGAACAGAAUAUGGCACUGAUAGUGAACUGGCUGCUGUAAAUUUUUCUUCUUUACUACAAGCAAGCGAAAGAAAAAAUCCUGUUGAUGAUCUCUUAGCGCUUGGUGAAGGGCCUCAAUCUUUAGCAGUGAGUGCUCUUCCUCAAGGAACUGUGAGGAAGCAUCAUAAGGGAUAUGAGGAGGUCAUUAUUCCCCCAACACCAACAGCACAAAUGAAACCUGGAGAAAAGCUGAUUGAGAUAACGGAGUUAGAUGAAUUUGCUCAAGCUGCUUUUCGUGGAUAUAAGUCUUUGAACCGUAUUCAGAGCCGCAUAUUUCAUACUGUUUAUUACACUAAUGAAAAUAUACUAGUUUGUGCUCCAACAGGAGCUGGCAAAACAAACAUAGCUAUGGUUUCUAUUCUACAUGAGAUUGGACAGCACUUCAAAGAUGGUUACUUGCAUAAAGAUGAAUUUAAGAUAGUUUAUGUUGCACCAAUGAAGGCAUUAGCUGCAGAAGUUACAUCAACUUUUAGCCAUCGCUUAUCUCCAUUGAAUAUGACUGUGAGAGAACUUACUGGAGACAUGCAACUUUCUAAGAAUGAACUUGAAGAAACUCAGAUGAUAGUGACAACACCUGAGAAAUGGGAUGUCAUUACUCGCAAGAGCAGUGACAUGUCACUUUCAAUGUUGGUGAAGCUCCUAAUUAUUGAUGAAGUGCAUCUAUUAAAUGAUGAUAGAGGCCCUGUAAUUGAGGCACUAGUUGCUCGAACUUUGCGCCAGGUGGAGUCUACACAGACAAUGAUACGCAUUGUGGGCCUUUCAGCUACUCUACCGAACUAUUUAGAGGUUGCACAGUUUCUGAGAGUGAAUCCAGAAGCAGGACUCUUCUUCUUUGAUUCUAGUUAUCGCCCAGUGCCCCUCGCACAGCAGUAUAUUGGUAUUAGUGAGCAGAAUUUUACAGCCCGUAUUGAAUUGCAGAAUGAGAUAUGCUACAAGAAGGUUGUUGAAUCACUCAGGCAAGGUUAUCAGGCAAUGGUAUUCGUUCAUUCUCGAAAGGACACAGCAAAGACAGCUCAGAAAUUGGUUGAACUUGCUCGCAAGUUUGAAGGACUGGAGUAUUUUAAGAAUGAUGACCACCCACAAUUUUCGUUGAUCCAGAGGGAAGUUAUGAAGUCCAGAAACAAAGAUCUUGUUGCACUUUUUGAAUUUGGAGUUGGAGUUCAUCAUGCUGGGAUGUUACGUACUGAUAGAGGGCUGACUGAGCGCCUUUUCUCUGAUGGACUGUUGAAGGUACUUGUUUGUACGGCAACUUUGGCAUGGGGUGUAAAUCUACCAGCUCAUACUGUUGUGAUAAAGGGGACUCAAUUAUAUGAUCCAAAGGCUGGCGGGUGGCGAGACCUGGGCAUGCUAGAUGUUAUGCAGAUCUUUGGACGGGCUGGGAGACCUCAAUUCGACAAAAGUGGUGAAGGCAUUAUAAUUACAUCUCAUGACAAACUGGCCUACUAUUUGCGGUUGCUGACAAGCCAACUUCCUAUAGAAAGUCAGUUUAUUAGUUCCUUGAAAGACAAUUUAAAUGCAGAGGUGGCACUUGGUACUGUCACCAAUGUCAAGGAAGCUUGUGCAUGGCUUGGAUAUACGUACCUUUUCAUAAGAAUGAGGCUGAACCCUUUGGUGUAUGGUAUUGGGUGGGAUGAGGUUGUUGCUGAUCCUUCCUUGAGUUUAAAGCAAAGAGCUCUCAUAGCAGAUGCUGCACGUGCCCUGGACAAAGCGAAAAUGAUGCGCUUUGAUGAGAAAAGUGGCAACUUUUAUUGUACAGAGCUUGGUCGAAUUGCAAGCCACUUUUAUAUUCAAUACUCAAGUGUUGAAACAUACAAUGAAAUGUUGAGACGCCACAUGAAUGAGACUGAGGUAAUAGACAUGGUAGCCCACUCUUCUGAAUUUGAAAAUAUUGUUGUUCGAGAUGAGGAACAGAAUGAGUUAGAGACGUUGGUGCGAUCAUCGUGCCCAUUAGAAGUUAAGGGGGGUCCUUCAAAUAAACAUGGAAAGAUAUCCAUUCUCAUUCAGUUGUACAUAUCUCGUGGCUCGAUUGAUACCUUUUCGUUGGUUUCUGAUGCUGCAUACAUAAGUGCAAGCUUGGCACGCAUUAUGCGGGCAUUAUUCGAGAUUUGUCUACGAAAAGGCUGGUCUGAGAUGUCACUGUUCAUGUUGGAAUAUUGCAAGGCUGUGGAUCGCCAAGUUUGGCCCCAUCAGCAUCCUCUCAGACAAUUUGACAGAGAUCUUUCAGCAGAAAUAGUGCGAAAGCUUGAAGAACGAGGGGCUGACAUAGAUCACCUAUAUGAGAUGCAGGAAAAAGACAUUGGAGCACUGAUUCGCUAUUCACCUGGAGGAAGGUUGGUCAAGCAAUAUUUGGGAUAUUUUCCAUGGAUCCAGUUGUCAGCAACUGUAAGUCCAAUCACCAGAACUGUUUUAAAGGUGGAUUUGGUUAUUACACCAGACUUUAUAUGGAAAGAUCGUUUUCAUGGCACGGCCCAGCGUUGGUGGAUUCUAGUUGAGGAUUCUGAGAAUGACCACAUCUACCACUCAGAGCUUUUCACUCUGACAAAGCGGAUGGCAAAAGGGGAACCUCAGAAACUUUCAUUCACUGUGCCAAUAUUUGAGCCACAUCCACCUCAGUAUUAUAUUCGUGCUGUUUCUGAUUCUUGGUUGCAUGCAGAGGCUUUCUACACCAUAUCCUUCCAGAAUCUAGCACUGCCAGAGGCUAGUACUUCACACACAGAAUUGCUAGAUUUGAAGCCUCUCCCUGUGACUUCACUUGGCAACAGUAUUUAUGAAGCGCUGUACAGAUUUUCACACUUUAAUCCAAUACAAACACAGACUUUCCAUGUCCUGUAUCACACAGACAAUAAUGUUCUAUUAGGAGCUCCCACUGGAAGUGGGAAAACUAUAUCUGCUGAGCUCGCUAUGCUUCGCCUAUUCAAUACCCAACCUGAUAUGAAGGUAAUUUACAUAGCACCUUUGAAGGCUAUUGUUCGGGAAAGAAUGAAUGAUUGGAAAAGACGUCUUGUCUCUCAGCUAGGGAAAAAGAUGGUUGAAAUGACCGGAGAUUAUACUCCAGAUUUGAUGGCCAUAUUGUCAGCGGAUAUCAUAAUAUCUACUCCUGAGAAGUGGGAUGGUAUCAGUCGUAAUUGGCAUAGUCGAGCCUAUGUUAAAAAGGUUGGGCUUAUGAUCUUGGAUGAGAUUCACUUGUUGGGAGCUGACCGGGGACCCAUCCUUGAGGUUAUUGUGUCAAGGAUGAGAUACAUAUCAUCACAGACAGAGCGUGAAGUACGGUUUGUAGGCCUUUCUACAGCUUUAGCAAAUGCAGGGGAUUUGGCUGAUUGGCUGGGUGUUGGGGAAAUCGGACUCUUCAAUUUCAAACCAAGCGUGAGACCUGUACCUCUUGAAGUUCAUAUCCAGGGAUACCCUGGAAAGUUCUAUUGCCCAAGGAUGAAUAGCAUGAACAAGCCAGCAUAUGCUGCAAUAGGCACCCAUUCACCUACGAAACCAGUUUUAAUAUUUGUUUCUUCUCGUCGACAGACAAGGCUUACUGCAUUGGACCUCAUUCAGUUUGCAACAUCAGAUGAACAUCCAAGGCAGUUUCUUAGCAUGCCAGAAGAAGCCCUACAGAUGGUUCUUUAUCAGGUCACUGAUAAUAACCUGAGGCACACCUUGCAGUUUGGAAUUGGAUUACACCAUGCCGGUCUGAAUGACAAAGAUAGAUCUCUGGUUGAGGAGCUUUUUGCAAACAACAAAAUUCAGGUAUUGGUUUGUACCAGCACAUUGGCAUGGGGUGUAAACCUUCCAGCUCAUCUGGUCAUUAUUAAGUUUUUAUAUGAACCAUUUCCCGUUGAGAGCAGUCUGAGGGAACAGUUGCACAAUCACAUCAAUGCUGAGAUAGUUUCUGGCACAAUUUGCCAUAAAGAGGAUGCAUUGCAUUAUCUUACCUGGACAUAUUUAUUUCGUAGACUGAUGUUUAAUCCAGCUUACUAUGGCUUGGACAAUACUGAACCUGAAGUUCUCAGCUCUUAUUUGUCUAGGUUAGUGCAAAACACAUUUGAGGAUCUGGAAGACAGUGGAUGCAUCAAGAUGAAUGAAGACAAUGUAGAGCCAACGAUGCUGGGUUCAAUAGCAUCCCAGUAUUAUCUUAGCUACAUGACUGUAUCAAUGUUUGGUUCAAACAUAGGAUCAGAUACAUCGCUUGAAGUCUUCUUGCAUAUCCUAUCUGCUGCUUCGGAAUAUAACGAACUUCCUGUGCGGCAUAACGAGGAGAAUUACAAUGAAGCAUUGUCUGAGAGAGUUCGAUAUAAAGUGGAUAAGGACCGCUUAGAUGAUCCACAUGUCAAAGCCAAUCUGCUAUUUCAGGCACAUUUCUCGCAGUUAGAAUUACCAAUCAGUGAUUACGUCACAGACUUGAAGUCAGUAUUGGAUCAAAGUAUACGAAUCAUCCAGGCCAUGAUAGAUAUAUGUGCUAACAGUGGGUGGAUUUCAAGCUCAAUUACUUGCAUGCAUCUUCUGCAAAUGGUCAUGCAGGGUUUAUGGUUUGAUAGGGAUUCUUCCUUAUGGAUGAUGCCAUGCAUGAAUGUUGAACUUGCUGACUCGCUAAGCAAAAGAGGAAUAUUCAGCGUACAGCAACUAUUGUAUCUCCCCAAGGCAACUUUGCAGACCAUGAUUGGAAAUUUUCCUGCUUCAAAAUUGUAUCAGGAUCUGCAGCCUUUUCCACGCAUUGAAGUGAAAUUAAAACUUCAGCAAAAGGACAGCGGAAAGUCUCGCUCUUUAGACAUCAGACUGGUGAAGACCAAUUUCAGGCAAAACAAAUCAAGAGCAUUUACCCCGCGUUUCCCUAAGGUGAAAAACGAAGCAUGGUGGUUGGUCCUUGGGAACACCUCAACAUGGGAAUUAUAUGCUCUGAAAAGAGUAUCUUUCUCUGAUCACUUGGUUACUCACAUGGAGUUACCAUCAGCUCCUAAUACUCUCCAGGGGAUGAAAUUGACUUUAAUUUCAGAUUGUUAUCUGGGCUUCGAGCAAGAGCACUCUAUUUCAGAGCUUAUUCAACGGCAGUAA